AUGGCCGUGGAGGAGGUGGUGGCGGCGGCGGUGGCGGUGGAGGAGGCGGAGGUGGUGGCGGAGGAGGAGGCGGUGGUGGUGGUGGUGGUGGCGGCGGCGGCGGCGGUGGUUUUACUUUAUCUCUUCAUUGCAGAACAAACAACCCAAGGGCCUGCUACUACUACGACGCAAGGAUCAGGAACUACAACGACCACUACGCCGCCAACCACGACUGUGACACCUACGAGUCCUACAACCACUCAAAGUACUACCCCUACUACUCCUAAUACUGGCACUACUACAACUGGAACCACAACUACUACUGGAACUUCGGGAACUACAACAACUACUGCAACAACAACCACUACUUCAACAACUACAACUACUAGUACGACAACCACAACCAAGCCAACAACAACUAGGCCUUCUGGAGGAGGUACUACUGUGAAUCCUACUAGUCCUCCAAGGACGGAACUGCCUGGUCACAUUGGUGAUCUACAGUGUCUUCUUGCGUCAGCAUUGUGUCCUGAAGUGAACUAUGAUCCAUCUGGCGCUUCCAUGUAUUUGCCUGCGUCGGUGUGCGAAGGCUUCUGUCAGUGUGACUGGCAAUCCAGGGCACACUUUUUCGAGUGCCCACCCGGACUGCACUUCAACCCUGACCAGAAGGUGUGCGAUUCGCCUCUUACCGCCGGUUGCCGUGUCUUAUGAUUAAACAUUGUAUGCCACAUUGCACUGACUGGCACAAUAGCAUUGCACGCAACACACAUAUUUAUCUAAAUUUUAAUUCUGUUAAUACCUAACCCACUGUAUUUUGGGGCUCAAGAAAAUAAACUACUGAAAUAACUUCAAAAUUUUAUUUUGCAUUGACGGGCAAAGUCUUGAAAUUUUUACAUCUCCGUGUCCGGGCGUUUGGCAACCCAGGCUUUGAUAGAUGGGAUUCCCAGAACUUUCUGUUCCAAGGCUUUCAGAGCUGGAUAGUCCUUAAGUAGGUCGUAACCGGCCAUGUAGUUCACGUAAUCUUGAACUCCCGCCAGCACAAUGUCAGCCCAAGUGAGCUUUGUUUGAUACGAGUUUAAAUUAUAUGAAUUAUAUUGUUACAUAUUGAUUAAGAUUAAUUUAUUAUUAUAUUUCAUGGCAUGUAAGAAUUUAAUGCACAAAAAAGACGAAGCUUGGUUAAAUUUUUUAAAUUUAUAAUGAUACAUCUU